AUGGGUCAAGAACAGUCGUACAUUGCACAAGGCAACCUCUCGCCAGUAAAGAAAUACCAAGAUAAGUACGAGAAUCAGAUACAAUAUACAGUAUCGAAUAUCGAAUAUCGAUCGAGCGAAUACGAUAGGAAGGAUUACAUACGAUAUAAACCAAGACGAAGUACGGAAAGUUAUAAGAGCGACAACUCUUCAACAGAGAGCAGCGGUUACAGAAGCAGUUCCAGUGCUAACGAAUGUUCCGACAGAUCGUCCAGCAGCUAUUACUUCUGCUCGUCGUUAUAUAAGAACGAUCACUACAAGAACGCUAACAAAGAUUUAUAUAGACCUGUUAAAAUACCAAAAGAUAAACGAUACAAACAAUUAUUCGAUACGGAGGACACAAAAAACACCAGAUUGAAGGGUUACGUUUCAGAUACCGAAAAGGCAAAAUCGAAAGUAGCUUCCUCUACUAAGAAGACUGGAAUAAGAAAUUACACUCCUAAAAUUUUAUCAGCCGAAGAGCAGAGAAAAAAAUUAGAAAAUUGGAUUUAG